UAACCAGGGGGCGAGUGAGGGCUGCGACACGUCCCCCUGAGGGAGCUGUUAGGGCUCCGAGGCUGGCAGUGCAGGGCCGAGGAGAGGCGGGAGCCACGGCGUGGUGGAGAAGCCUGGCUAGGGGAGGAGGAUGGCAGGUCCACUCAGCCUCCCCUCGGGAGUGCGUGCUACGCGGUCCGGUCCCGGGGCUGCGUGGUCCUAAGCGAACUGCUACCCAGGGGACCCGAGCCACCGGGCUCUUACCGGACGCGAGCCCUGCGGCGCUCGUUCGGGGCUGUCAUUCCAGUCGCGGGCCGGGUCGAGGUGUGCUAGGCAGGGCAGGCGCCGCCAGGCCUCCACGCUGGCUCCUGCGGGUCUGUCUGUCCGUCCGUCCGUGUGGCGGGGGCUGGGGGAAGAGCAGGGAGGCGUCCAGACAGCGGCUGCGGCCCGCAAGGCCGAGCAGCCCUUUCCCCGCCCCCGCUCCGGCCUUUCCUUGCAGUCUCCCUCCGGGCUCGGGCUGCGGCGGCGAGCGUCCCUCCCUGGAGGGCCGCAUUCUUGUGUAGCGCUGUGAUGCUAUGCUCAGUUAGCGACUUGAAACUUCAGGUCCCCGAGUAGGCCUCUGGCGUGUCAGAGCUGAACGCGGCGAGUAUUUCCCUGCCAAGGCCGUGCACUCCCCGAAAGUGUUCUUUUGUAACCAGGCCUCGAAAGAUUUAAAGACCACAGUACAGCUAUGGAGAGUGAGCCCAGCUCUGGAACGUCUGUGUCAACAACAGCCAGCAGCACCACCACCACCACCAUCACCACAUCCUCCUCCCGAAUGCAGCAGCCACAGAUCUCUGUCUACAGUGGGUCAGACCGACAUGCUGUCCAGGUAAUUCAGCAGGCCCUGCAUCGGCCCCCCAGCUCGGCAGCUCAGUACCUGCAGCAGAUGUACGCAGCGCAGCAGCAGCACCUCAUGCUGCACACGGCCGCCCUUCAGCAGCAGCAUCUGAGCAGCUCCCAGCUCCAGAGCCUGGCGGCCGUGCAGGCCAGUUUGUCCAGUGGAAGACCAUCUACAUCCCCCACAGGCAGUGUUACACAACAGUCAAGUAUGUCCCAGACAUCUAUCAACCUCUCCACUUCGCCGACACCUGCUCAGCUGAUGAGCCGCUCGCAGGCCUCCAGCUCGACCAGUGGCAGCAUUACCCAGCAGACCAUGCUCCUAGGGAGCACCUCGCCCACCCUCACAGCCAGCCAGGCCCAAAUGUAUCUCCGAGCUCAAAUGCUGAUUUUCACACCUGCUACCACUGUGGCUGCUGUACAGUCUGACAUCCCUGUUGUCUCGUCGUCACCGUCACCUUCCUGUCAGUCUGCAGCUGCUCAGGUUCAGAAUUUAACAUUACGCAGCCAGAAGUUGGGUGUCUUAUCUAGCUCACAGAAUGGCCCACCAAAAAGUGCUGGUCAAACCCAGUCCUUGACAAUUUGCCAUAAUAAAACAACAGUGACCAGUUCUAAAAUCAGCCAACGAGACCCUUCUCCAGAGAGCAAGAAGGGCGGAAGUCCAGGUCUGGAAUCUCGGAGCACAGCCGUCACACGGACAUCAAGCAUUCACCAGUUGAUAGCACCAGCUUCAUAUUCUCCAAUUCAGCCUCAUUCUCUAAUCAAACAUCAACAGAUUCCUCUCCAUUCACCACCUCCUAAAGUUUCCCAUCAUCAGCUGAUAUUACAACAGCAACAACAGCAAAUUCAGCCAAUCACCCUUCAGAGUCCAAGUCAAGAUCCACCCCCAUCCCAGCACUGUAUCCCACUCCCCAACCAUGGCCUUUCUCCGGCUUCCAGUAAUGCCCAGUCACAGCAGCAUUGCUCACCAAUUCAGAGCCAUCCCCCGCCUUUAACUGUGUCUCCUAGCCAGGCCCAGUCUGCACAGCAGUCUGUAGUGGUGUCUCCUCCCCCCGCUCAUUCCCCAAGCCAGUCUCCUACCAUCAUUAUCCAUCCACAAGCACUUGUCCAGCCACACCCUCUUGUGUCUUCAGCUCUUCACACAGGGCCAAACUUGCAGCAGGCCACUGCUGAUCAGGUACAAUCCACAGCACAGCUGAACCUCCCGUCCCAUCUUCCACUUCCAGCAUCCCCUGUAGUACACAUUGGCCCCGUCCAGCAGUCUGCCUUGGUGUCCCCUGGUCAGCAGAUAGUGUCCCCAACAUCACACCAGCAAUAUUCAACCCUACAGUCAUCUCCAAUUCCGAUCGCAACCCCUCCACAGAUGUCGGCAUCUCCUCCAGCUCAGAUCCCACCACUGCCCUUGCAGUCUAUGCAGUCUUUACAAGUGCAGCCUGAAAUUCUAUCCCAGGGCCAGGUUUUGGUGCAGAAUGCUUUGGUGUCAGAAGAGGAGCUGCCUGCUGCAGAAGCUUUGGUCCAGUUGCCAUUUCAGACUCUUCCUCCUCCACAGACCGUUGCGGUAAACCUACAAGUACAGCCGCCAGCACCUGUUGAUCCACCAGUGGGAAUGCAUUUGAACCAGUGUCAUCUGCACAAAGUUUUUUCUCUUAAGGUUUAUCAGGUAGAAGAUGUGUGCGAGGAAGAAAGGCCAGAGGAGUCCGAUGAGUGUGCACGGAUGGACCGAACACCGCCGCCCCCCACUUUGUCUCCAGCAGCUAUCACUGUGGGGAGAGGAGAGGAUUUGACAUCUGAGCAUCCUUUGUUAGAGCAAGUAGAGUUGCCUGCCGUGGCCUCAGUCAGUGCUUCUGUGAUCAAGUCUCCAUCAGACCCAACCCAUGUCUCUGCUCCUGCACCUCCACUCUUAAUGCCCGCUGCCUCCACAAGGAGCAGCAGCACUUCUCUGGCCAGCAGCACCCCCAGCCUGGAAAACAAGCCUCCACAGGCUAUCGUGAAGCCACAGAUUCUGACCCACGUUAUAGAAGGUUUUGUGAUUCAGGAGGGACUGGAGCCGUUUCCUGUGAGUCGUUCAUCUUUGCUGAUAGAACAACCUGUGAAAAAGAGGCCUCUUUUGGAUAAUCAGGUGGUAAAUUCGGUGUGUGUUCAGCCAGAGCUACAGAAUAACACAAAGCAUGCAGAUAACUCGUCCGACACAGAGAUGGAGGACAUGAUUGCUGAAGAGACAUUGGAAGAAAUGGAUAGUGAGUUACUCAAGUGUGAAUUCUGUGGAAAAAUGGGAUAUCCUAAUGAAUUUUUACGAUCAAAACGAUUCUGUACUAUGUCAUGUGCCAAAAGGUACAACGUUAGCUGUUCUAAAAAGUUUGCACUUAGUCGUUGGAAUCGUAAGCCUGAUAAUCAAAGUCUUGGGCAUCGGGGCCGUCGUCCAAGUGGCCCUGAAGGGGCAGCGAGAGAACAUAUCCUUAGGCAGCUUCCAAUUACUUAUCCAUCUGCAGAAGAAGACUUGGCCUCUCGUGACGAUCCUGUGCCGUCUGCUAUGACGACUCGCCUGCGCAGGCAGAGUGAGCGGGAAAGAGAACGCGAACUUCGCGACGUGAGGAUUAGGAAAAUGCCUGAGAACAGCGACUUGCUCCCAGUCGCACAGACGGAGCCCUCCAUAUGGACGGUCGAUGACGUCUGGGCCUUCAUCCACUCUUUGCCUGGCUGUCAGGACGUUGCCGAUGAGUUCAGGGCACAGGAGAUUGAUGGGCAGGCACUGCUCCUGCUAAAAGAAGACCAUCUCAUGAGCACAAUGAACAUGAAGCUGGGCCCAGCCCUGAAGAUCUGUGCACGCAUCAACUCUCUGAAGGACUCCUAACAGCAGCCAGGCUUUGUCUCAGUCCAUUCCUCUUUCUCGGUGAAGGUAAAGCCUGAUGGGGCUGAGAGCAUCGGACUGAUGGGGGAAGGCCAAGUGCAUUGGGACCGCCACGGCCAGUGCCGACAUUUCUCUUCAGAUGCCCUAACUCAUCUUAUGUUCUCAUAAUUAGCGACCGUCGGUGGUGUUAAUUUUACCAGUUACAGACUACACUGAAAGACUUGUUACAGAGGCCCAUAUUUUUCAAAGAAACAUGUUAUACUAGAUAAUUUUUUAAAGGUAAUGUUUAUCAUUAAUAUAAAAGAAUCCUUUUAAAAAUAAUUAUUGAUUUACACUCCCCCUCCUUUAAUUCUCUUUUCUUAUACAUUUGUCUACCCUGUUAGUUUUCUAAAUGUUGUCAUAGAGAUAUAGGAUAAUUUAGGAGCCCAUUGACAGAAUUGAAUGCAAUGAAAUAGCAGUAUGUUUUUAAAAGUAUCUUCCACAGAUGCUUUGGUUGUGAAAUGGGAUUGUGUUUUAGCAUAAGGAGUAUUUUUGAAGGUUCUCAAGAGUCUCGUUCUAGCCUUUGCCCAGAUUGUCACAACUGACAGUUUUCCUCCUGGCUUGUACCUGAGAACAGUCGUUCUCUGUGACAGCAUGUCCUCCAGGGGACAGCCGGCAGUUGCUACACACACUCUGGCUGCCACAGUUGGGGCUGAGUUUUGGGGAGGGUUGCUACAGGAAUUGAGGCAUGGCAGCCAGCUGGAGAUGAUGCUGACUAUCCUCCUGCACAUAGGAUGUCCCUCUGUCACCAAGAAUGAUGUGCUAUAGAUGGCAGUGGUGCCAUGGUUAAGAAGCCUGGGCGAGCAAAGUACUGUGUGUUGCUCUUUUCACCGCAGGGACAUACAUAAAAGAUGGGCCGGGCCAGGAGGAUGGACAGUGAAGGAUCAGCUAAGUGGCACUAGAGCUCUGCAGACGUAGAGUUUAGUUUUACCGUAUACUAGAAAGGAAAAGAAACCCAUAAACUUGGCCUAUAAAGCUAGCCCAGGACCUCAGGUCAUGGGCCUCUGGUGUGGCCCCUCUUCCUGACUCUGCUCCCAUGCACUGAAAGUGCUCCAUGCAGUCACGCCUCAGAGCUUCUUCAGCAGCCGCAUGGCAGUGGAGAUGGGAGUCCCUUGAAGCAGCCCUGCUGCGUCUGGCUAGAAUGCACAGUUCUUUCUCCCUUACUAAGGCUUUGGAUUCUUCCCACAAAGUACUUAAAGUGAUUUAAUCAAAAGUUUUCAUUCAGGGUUGGGGAUUUAGCUCAGUGGUAGAGCGCUUGCCUAGCAAGCGCAAGGUCCUGGGUUCGGUCCCCAGCUCCGGAAAAAAAAAAAAAAGGAAAAAAAGUUUUCAUUCAUUCAACAGUUUUCUGUUAGGACAUUAAGCCAAAUCUUCCUGUGGAUGCUCUGAAAUCUUUCUAGUGCUGGGCAUCAAAAGAUUUGCUGAUUUUGUUUGCUUUCUCUAUCUUUCACCACGUUUGAGAAAUCUGAACAGUUGGAGGGGCAUGUACGUAUCCUUGGCACAGACAUAAGAGACAGCAAGAGUCUGAGCUCUGUCAUCUUUCCAGCACUUUUCAGAGACUGUGUUGGGUUAGUAGAAGACUAAAAGAUGUCGCAGACAUCGCAGAUAAAUUUAUCUUUUGGCUCUGUGUACAUUAGAAAAUGUUGGUUAUUUUUAUACAAAAUAUAGCGGAUAAUUUUUUUAUUCUUUAGAUGCCUCUUGUUUGAAUGUCUGCUUUGUGAGAUUGUUGGUGUAGUUUUAGGAGGUGUUCACUAGCUCUUGUGGACUCAGUGUAAGUGUCUGAGGCUCCUGUUUCCGACUACAGUUAUAGUCUCCUUGUUACUGUACAGCCAGCUUCAUUUAUUAGUACUGAGUCAUCAUGGCCGAGUGUCAUGGCCGCUCCUCCUCCUCCUCCUCCUAACCCAGGCUGUGCAGCACUAGGAGAUUGAUGGCUGCCUCAGCAAUAAGGCCUCCCUCCCACAGUGCUUGCACAUAGCCUUUGAGGCACUAACUCUGCACUUGUACUAACGCCAGCUCAUCGUGUGCGUAUGAGAAACCUGCGCCUAGCACUGUCCUUAACGCCCUAAACAGUUUACACGAGGGGUCUCUCCUGGAGGAUGCCUUCUUGCCCUUCAUCUUAGAAGUAGUCCAGAUCUUCUGUUGUCUGCUCUUAAAUUUAACUAACAAAAACACUUUUUUCUUACAAGGCGGUUAUUUUAUUUAGAAGUGGCUCGUUUGCUGUUGGGUAGCUUUCCCAUCGCUGUAGGUGCUUCUUUCUAGGUAAUUUUCAGUCGUACUAAUUUGAAAGCUUCAAUUACGUGAUGUGUUUCCCUGUCUCCCCAGCAUUAAGCUGUCAGGGUGACACAGACAGGAAGAAUGCUGGCUUCAUCUCCUUUCAUAUUACUAAGCACUUAGUAACUUUCUUGGAGGGAAAAAUAUGACAAGCAGGAAGGGAACAUGGCUUCUUCCUAGUUUUGCUUCUUGAGUUUGCCUUUCCUGACUUGAAACCCUUCAACCACUGUGGGACACACUUUUCACAUGUUACUUAAGUUCUGUGUUCUUAGGAAAAUAAACAGCUGGCUUGUAAAGGUUACUUUAUAUGACAACUUAGACACGCUUUUCAUAGACACAUGUAAGGCACAUGGCACAGCUUCAUCAGCACAGCAGAGACACAGCUUCAGUGACAGUGACUGAUGUGACAGUGACACAGUGACACACAGUGACAGUGACAGUCACUCCCGCAGAACUGUGAAGUCUAGGUUAAAGGGCUGUCAUCUGGGAGUAGAGGUAACAGAUCAAGAGGAAAGCGUGUUAGUGAGGCAUCUGGAGAAUGCAGGGCAACGGGGACCUCCUCCUCUGCUCAGUUCAUCAUUACAGCCCUGAAUGAUUCAUGAUUUACCUGAGUAAAAAGAAGGGAUUUUCUGUUUCUCCUUUGUUUCUUGUGUUGGGAGAGUGGUGUGUGAGACUGUAUCGUUAUCAUGACUUUGAAUAACCAUGGAGUCAGUCUUCAUCUAGUCAGUGCAACAUUUAGUCACAUAUCGAUUUAUAAACACAAAUCUUGGACUGAAAUCCUUCACAGGACCCAUGUUCUCAUAAGCUCGUUAGAUUGUGCAUCUCACAGCUGUCUCCAGUACCUGAACUCUCUGACUGCUAAUACUCUUAAAGCAUCUCAGACAUGUUCUCAGCUAGGGAGCUGGCUACAUGCUGUAGUCUGAAGACUUGGGGAUGCUAGCAACACUUGGCUGCCGACUGCUACCGUCAGCUAGCAUGGGAUGGCCUCACCUCAUUUCCCACACUGAGCCCCAUCAAGCUCCAACCCCACCUCCAAUAAACUGCACAGACUUCUUCUUAGUUCUUUACUGGGGCUUGGGUAGCAUCCUGACUUGGAGAGCUUCAGGCUUUUGUGAUGGACAGACCAGUUGUAUUUCAAUGGAAGUCUUGUCCAUCCAUGAACAUCCUUUCCUAGUUUCUUGAGUAUCAUGUCUGACUGUGUGACUCAUUCCUUGAAGGCUUUUUGGGCAUGGGGGGAAGUAGAGUAAGAGACAGAUAGGAAGAUGAUAUUGCUAGCUAAAUGAAGACAUUAGCACGAUGGUGGUCCUCAGUCACUUAGAAUAAUCCUUGGUGAUGGAUGGUUGGACAGGAUGUUAGUAGUUUGGUUUGUCAGUACUCGGGAUUGAGUCAGGGCCUCAUUCUCCACCUCUGAGAUUGCACACUGUAGUUUUUGCUUGUUUGCCUGGACUAACCUGGAAUUGUGGUCCUCUGACCUUCUCUCAAGUGCUGGAAUUUAACAUCUGUGCUACCAUGCCAGACCUAGCUCUUGUGGUUUUCAAUUGUCAAGAUUUGGUUGUAAUCAAAUUAGCUAUUUCUCUUUAUCACCUGACCUGCUCUGAAGAGUGCUGGUAUUCCUAGUACCACUGGCACCCAGGUUGAGGAAUCCUGGAUUUUUGAAGAUGAUAAUCAGAGGGAGAGAAUCUGUCAAAAUGUAGAUUUUGUUUGUUAUGAUUGAGUGGCCAGAAUGCAGAGGCAUUUCCAGUCAGAUAUGACAGCUGACUCAGUAUUGCUGCCAGUCUUAAGGGAAGGCACUGUAGGACAGUGUUGUGUCCCAUUCUGAGCCUGGUAACUGCAGGUUUCUCCUGACUGGUGGACUCCAGUAAGCACAAGCCUGCCUGUUUUCUUGGGGUAAAGCAGAAUGUAUCAUGACAUGAACUCUUUUAACUCACAGUCAGCAAUACUGAUAUUAUCACUCCAUUUAGGAUAUUUUAUUUUAUCUCAGAGACGGGUUUUGAGUUUAGAUGAGUACAAAUAAGUACUCAGAACAGUAAAUGUCUUUUGUUAUUCAAAUUUAAUUUUUAACUCAUUGAACCAACACUUAAGGAAUUCUCUGGGAAGAGAUUUCUGGUGUUAGAUUAUAAAAUGCAUUGCCAUAUAGUUUAGAGUUGAAAUAAAAGCUGUUUUCCAAUUAAAAAUGCUGCAAAUUCUGCCAUUUUAAAAAGUGGCUGAAAUAGUGACUGAAGUAGUAGGCUUAUCAGCUGUACACGCAGUUUUACAGUUAUGUCUCCUUAACAUUGUACUAAGAGAAAACUUUUUCUUUUGGAAAGUUAUAAGAUCUGAGUUUAUCUCCACGUAUUACUACCAUCGUGUUCCAGAGAAAGCCAUCAGGAGGCCCCUGCCCUCUGUUGGCACACACAGCUUCCCUAGAGCAGUCUCAUUUGCACACUCUGGCAAGGGCCAUACCUAAGGGAAAGUGUUUCCACAAGGGCUUCCCUUUCUUUCUCCUUUGGCAGCUUGUGGACGUUUUAUUUUAUUUAAAAUACAAUUUGAAUAAAAUGUUAGGCACUAAACGAGCUUCUAUAUAACACUUUAUAUUUUAGGCAAAGGCCUUUCUGUUGCUUUUCAAGUGUAAACCUACUGCUGUCUAUGAUAUUCCUGAUAUUGGGCAUAAAUCUAUAGAAUGAGAAAAUAGUAUGUAAUGAAUGAACUUUAAUUAAAAAUCAGUAUAAACUUAAAACAUCCCUAUGCUAGCAUGGCAUGGUUUUAAUGACGUGUAAGGGAUGUAGGUCGGUCCUUCUUGCUGUCUGACUUAGUCCCAGCCAUCGCCCUAGGUGUUCAUAGCACCUUUGCUUUUGUGCUUCCUGGGAUACAUCAGUGUUUCGUGGACCUUUCUCUGACAGUGGUGCAAGAACGUCAUGGAAGGAUACAUGAACCCACUGAGGAAGGAAGGGACUUUUUAAAUUUUGCCUCAAGUAAACUAAGUGUGUACAGUGUUUCUCCUUAUACAUGAUGCUGUGUUAGUGUUUGGGUAGUAUUACAGCGAGAAGAUGGAGAGGAAGCGGUGAGGCUUGGAGACGGCAGGCCAGCCUGUGACACGCCGGGCAGCUAUUUGGCUUUGUCAUUUCAAUGGACGGUGUGACUGAUACCUGUACUAUUAAAUAGGCUGAUUUGGUUUUUUUUUUGGCCUAAAUCAUUAUUGAAGAAAUAUCCUCCCCCAGCUUUAAAGUUACAGUCCUGAGCUACAUAAUUGGGAUUACCACUGGGCUGACUGAAUGAAUGCCCUGCCACCCGGGAACUGGGGUUUAUGACGUCCGAGGGCUCAGUCACAUCACCACUCUCGUCCUUCCCAUCAGUGGACCAUCUCCUUGACUGUUGACAACAGUCAGACUACCUGCCGUGACCGACUGCCGUGAGACUGUUGUGACAGCCAUUGUCAGGACCGGUCCUGUACAUGGUGUAUGGGUGGCAGGAUACAAGAAGUCGAUGUGGAAUCAUUGUGCAUUUUUAUUUGUAAAAGUUUAUAUCCAGUAUUGACAGUGGAACAGUUUGGAACAGUAUUGAUAUUUGGAACAGUUUUCCAAAACAGAAUCAUCUGAAAUGAGGCAGAGACCGAGACACUACUGCGGCCUUCCCCACAGUGCUGAGUGUACUAUAGUGCAUUAGAGACGGCCACUUCUCAGACAGGGAAGACCCAGAAAGGGACUGCACUGCACCGGGAAUGAGGAACUGGUGACAGAAAGUAGUUCCUAGCUGGGUGGUGGCUCAUGCCUUUAAUCCCAGCCUUGGGAGGCAAAGGCAGGCGGAUCUUUGUGAGAUCGAAGCUAGUCUGGUCUACAGAGCAAGUUCUAGGACAGCCAGGGCUACAUAGAGAAACUCUGUCUCAAAAGCCACCACCACUACCAACAAAAAGCAGACCCCGCUGCACUGACACGUAUUUAAGGAGUGAAGAUGGAGUUAGAGUCAGUUUGAUGGGGUGAAUCCCAUAUCCGCCUGGGAUUCUGGGAGUCAGGCCGCAAGUCUUGCUUUAAAUGCUAACAUCUGUUGUUACUCACAUUCUCUAUAAAGAUAUAAAAUUAUAUUUUAAAGACUUUUAUGUAUCAGAGCUAUAGGUUUUUAAAGUGGAGAAAUGCCCAAAUAAAUUGUUAAAUUACAAUAUAUAAUAGGUGCUUUCAAAUUAAGGUUUUUUAAAGUUAUAAUAAUCUAAAUAGCCCACUAAUCUGAUCUUUGUAAAUUGUCCCACGAUUCUGGUUACUCUUAAGGUGUUUUUUGAGUUUUUGAAAGUUUACCUAGGUUGUACAAUAUCUUCCUGUGCUGUUUAGAUCUCUGUUGCAUACAUGCUGUUCUCGUGUCUGUGCUCUUAGAGCUUUAGAGGUCAGCUGAAAAUACGGAGUGCAGCUCUUGUGUAUGAUCCCACACUGAUCGAGUAGACUGCCAGUCACCUCAUUCAGAACAUAGGUCUGGGUUUGUACAGUAGGGGACUAAAAAUCAAAGUUCAGAAACUCACGAAGUGUGGGGAUUGUGCUAGAAAUGAGACUGUGCGUUGCAGACAGCCAUGCACGGGGUAGCUCUGACUUCAAGCCUCUUGGACUGGCUUAGAAUGCUUUGCCUUCUCACCACUUAAAAUUUGUUUCACAAAGGCAGGUUGCUGGGACUAAUUAUUUUUUAAUGUUUUAAACCCAUUUUAAAAAGUCUUCCUUUUGGUUUUGACCAUUGUUCUAAAAUCAAAGUUUUACAAUAAAAAAAAAAAAUCCCAAAAGACGAUUCAUCAAGGAAAAGAGCAUAACCAAGGGGGAAAGAAACCAUGUUUUAAUCUUAAAGAAAGCCAAUAUGAAGGUGGUAAUAGAUGUGUCUUACAGUGGACGCUGUAUUAAGAGUCUUCCUCACAGGAAACAACAGUUCUAGCGCCCGUGGCAUAGAUUCCUAGAUGGCGCCCAAGCUACAGUUACACAGUGUAUGACCUAAAAUGAAGUUAAUUUUGCAUUAUAAGAGCACACCGUUAUCUAUGUAAAAAGUGUUCAUUUGAUGUAUUUUUUUAAGAAGAGAUAAAGCACUUUCAUAUUAAGUAGCAUGUGUGUGAAUUUUAGACUUCCUAUGUGUGUCUAGUCAGUGGAAUUAAAGGAGCGUCAGAUGUUUGCUGGCGAUGUUAACUGCUAAUGGAAGCACUUUCUCUGCUGCUUAGCCUCGCUUGGAUUGCACCUUUGUUACUGCACACGUUCACAGACAGUAUUGUAACAUGGCUUCGAGUGGGUCUGGGCGGACGACUAGUGUUGGGCCUACAGGAUCUUCUAUUUAUGUCGUUUAUAUUACGAUAAUAUAUUGUAGACCAGUUGUAACUUCAGUUCUUUACAAAUAAAAGCCUGACUGGUUA